AUGCUUACCAAACGUAUAAUUCCCUGCCUAGACGUGGACGCCGGCCGGGUGGUCAAAGGCACCAGCUUCGUUAACCUGCGAGACGCGGGAGACCCGGCGGAGUUAGCGGCAUUUUAUGACCGGGAAGGUGGCGACGAGCUUGUCUUUCUUGACAUAACCGCCAGCGCCGAUUCACGGAAUACCAUGGUGGACGUGGUACAGCGGGUGUCGGAGCAGGUAUUCAUACCGUUAACCGUAGGCGGCGGUAUCAGGACACUGGAGGACAUGCGCCGGAUGCUCAACGCCGGGGCCGACAAGGUGUCAAUAAACACGGCGGCCAUCAAUAGUCCCGAUACUAUUGCCGACGGCGCCGCCCAGUUCGGCAGCCAGUGCAUAGUAGUGGCUAUUGACGCCAAACGGGUUAAGGAAGGCGACCCAGAACAGGUGACGGGCGCAAAAUGUGACGACCAAUCGGGUUGGGAAGUCUACACCCGGGGUGGCCGAACUCCAACCGGAAUUGACGCAGUCAAGUGGGCACUUCAGGCGGUAGAGCGCGGUUCAGGGGAAAUUCUGCUUACCAGCAUGGAUGCAGAUGGGCAGUUGGCUGGCUACGACCUGGAGCUGACCGCAGCCAUUUCUUCGUCGGUACCAGUGCCGGUUAUCGCGAGUGGCGGGGCCGGAAACCUUGAACACCUCUACGAUGCUCUGGACCGCGGGCAGGCCGACGCAGUGCUUGCCGCUUCCAUAUUCCACUAUGGGACCUAUAGCAUCGCCCAGGCGAAGGAAUACCUGAAAGGCAGAGGCAUACCGGUCCGUCCACAGGCGGCACAAUAA